UCACGCAGCAGCGGUCCAGACAGCAGAAAUAGGGCAGGAAUUCAGCAAAGCGGCAUUGACACCUCUGCGCGCGCCUGGAUUGCCGCCGAAGCCGCGCGCGCCGCUCUUUGCAGGAGGAAGGUGCAAUUGGCCUCCUCCUCCUCCUCAUCCCUCCCUACCAGCCCGCCCGCCCUUCCCGUCACCGCCAGCCUUUUCCUAUGCUCCCCCUUCCCCGCGCCCUUCCGGAGGCUCCCGUCCUCAAGGAGAUUUCGGGAGGAAAGAGAGCCUCCCAAAGUCCGACGUCUCCGGUUGCCGCUGCUGAGACGUGCUCCGCCUGCCGCGCUUGGGCUGCUCCAGACUUAACACAAUGACAUCGAGAAGUUUCUGGCUAUUCCUUCUAUUACUUGAAGUUUUCCUGUUGGCCACUUGGGGAUGGAUGGAAUCAAACAGGAGCAGGCAACUGUAUUCAGAUGCUAGGAGGGUAACUCAAGAGGGCUCCAGAAACUUUGAAGUCACAAGAAGAAAAGUGCUUUAUGGACAAGAUGGACUUUAUGCAUCAUGUGAAAAGAAGUAUUGUGGUCGGGGAAGUAAAUGCAUUGUAAACAAGGAGACUGAUAAACCUGAAUGUAGAUGCAUAGAUAACUGUAAGCCCAGUUACAUGCCUGUGUGUGGAUCUGAUGGCAAAUUCUAUGAAAAUCACUGUGAACUCCACCGAGCUUCAUGUUUGGAAAGGAAAAAAAUCUACAUCAUCCACAGCAAAGACUGCUUCUUCAAAGGGGACACGUGCACAAUGGCAGACUACAGUCAGCUGAAAGGUAUCCUUCUGGACCUUCAGUCUCACCAGCAAAGGCAGCAAAACUACGCAGCAGAGGAGAGAGCUCAGAAACGCUUCUUAGUUGAAGAUUUGUUUUACCGCUUGGAUCUAAAUGGUGAUGGGCACCUCAGCAGUUCUGAAUUGGCUCAGCAGGUGAAAAGGGAAGAUCUGGAAGAUGAUUUCUUGGAGUGUACACCAGAAGAUCUGCUCCGAUUUGAUGACUACAACAAUGAUGGCUACCUAACUCUACAAGAACUCUAUACUGCAUUUCAGGUAGUCCAGCUCACACUUUCUGAAGAACAGAAGGUCAGCAUUACCACUGUAACAGUUGGGCUUAGCACUGUAUUGACCUGUGCUAUCCAUGGACCUCUGAGGCCUCCAAUCAUCUGGAAACGCAAUGGAGUCAUGCUGAACUUUUUAGAUUUGGAAGAUAUCAAUGAUUUCGGGGACGAUGAUUCUCUCUACAUCACCAAGGUAACCACUAUUCACAUGGGCAAGUACACGUGUCAUGCCUAUGGCUAUGAAGAACUGUAUCAGACCCACAUUCUUCAGGUGAAUGUGCCACCAGUAAUUCGUGUCUAUCCUGAAACACAGGCUCAAGAACCUGGCGUUUCAGCAAGCCUCAAAUGUCACGCUGAGGGCAUUCCAAAUCCCAAAAUUUCCUGGCUAAAGAAUGGCAUAGGUCUUGUGCCUAAAGCAUCCAAGCAACUGAUGCUGAUAGCAAAUGGAAGCGAACUUCACAUUAGUAGUGUUCGGUAUGAAGACACAGGGGCCUAUACUUGCAUUGCUAAAAAUGAAGUGGGUGUUGAUGAGGAUAUUUCUUCUCUCUUCAUUGAAGAUUCAGCUAGGAAGACCCUUGCAAACAUACUGUGGCGAGAGGAAGGUCUUAGUGUGGGAAACAUGUUCUAUGUCUUUUCUGAUGAUGGAAUCACAAUUAUUCAGCCAAGUGACUGUGAAAUCCAGAGACACAUCAAACCAAAUGAGAAAACUUUCAGUAGUUAUGCAGAAAUCUGUCCUAGAGUUGAAGGUGAAGCCAUUCAGUCCUGCCUCUGGGCAUCUGCUGUCAAUGUUAGAGACAAAUAUAUUUAUGUAACACAGCCUAAGUGGAAUAGAAUAAUGAUCCUAGAUAUCCAGACUCAGAAAAUCAUUCAGUCCUUGGAUGUUGACCCUCUACCAGUAAAACUGCAUUAUGAUAAGUCACAUGACCAAAUUUGGAUACUUAGCUGGGGGAAUAUGAGGAAAUUCCAUCCAACGUUGCAGGUGAUACCAGAAGCAAGUACAGGUGAGAAUCAGCAUAUUAUUCGCACUCAUCUGAGUGGAAUGGAUGAUUAUUUUAUUCCACAUACAAAUCUGAUUAUCAACCACAUCAGAUUUGGUUUCAUCUUUAACAAGUCAAAACCUGCCAUUCACAAGAUUGAUCUGGAGACAGUGGCUCACAUUAAGACUAUCAGCUUCAAAAACUACAGCUGCUUGCCCCAAGCCAUGGCCUAUACUCACCUGGGUGGGUACUUCUUCGUCCAAUGCAAAACGAAUUUGUCAGUACCAGUAACGCCACAGCUUAUCAUUGACAGUGUUACAGAUUCUGUUAUUGGCCCCAACAGUGACAUAACAGGUACUCCUUACAUCUCCCCUGAUGGACGCUAUUUGGUCAGCACAGAUGAAAACAGCAGGAGGAUCAGAGUCCAGGCAAUAACAAUCCAAGGGGAAAUCAAGUUGAUUUAUGACUUACAAACCACUAUGCACAUAUCUGAUCUGACAUUUCAGUCCUCUUUCACCGAAGGCAAUCAGUAUUAUAUAUAUGCUACUUCACAUUUGCAAACAGAUGUGCUUUUUGUAGAGCUGUCAACAGGGAAAAUGGACGUCUUGAAGAAUUUAAAAGACCCUAUCAAAUCCAAAGAGUGGCCCUGGAGCAGCUACAACAGAAUUAUCCAAGACAGUGGAUUAUUUGGGCAAUACCUUAUCACACCAGCAAAGGAUUCACUAUUUAUAAUCAAUGCACGGCAAAACACAUUACGCUGUGAGGUUUCGGGUAUCAAGAGAGGCAACACAGUGAUUUGGGUUGGAGAUGUAUGAAAGGUCAAACAAGAACAGAACUGUCAGAAAACUAAAAUAUUGAUUGGACUUUUAACUGCAAAAAAAGAAUAAUAAUAUUAAAAUGCAGUAGCAUUGUAUAUUUUUACACUGGGGAAAAACUGUAUAAGCUUCAUGGUUCAACACUGGCCUACUUGCAGGAUUUAUAACCUAAGGUAUGCUCUGCUUAUAGGACUUGGUUAUGCUGGGAAUGUGGGUGGAAAUCAGACCUAACAGCUUGAGUUAAUGGGAUAUGUUUACUGGGAAAAGGAAUAAUUACUCCAGUUGAAUUGGUAUAAUCUACAUUCCUUGGUGACUCUAUACAACAAGACCCUUGAGUUGAAAAUUGGAUGAAUACUUACUCCUAUGUAGCUUGUAUUCAUUCUGUCCCUCCAAGAUCACAUUUCCUUUGUGUAUGCUAUAUUGUGGCAUGGAAUCAGGCCUAUAGCUUAGACAUUUUCAUUCAGAUGUGUGAACUGGAGGAUCCUACACACAUAUUUCCUUUGUUGAAGACUCAGUGUUUGUCACAGUCUCCCUUUAAAAAACAACCCUUAUUUAUAUAACUGUUAACUAUAACAAUCGCCAAGUCAGGAAAUUUCAAUCUUGAAACAAAAACAAAUUCUAUCAGACUAACAACAUACAUUCAUACAAAGAAGAAAAGCUGGCAAAUUGUAGGCUAUUCUUGCAUUAUUUCUAAAUAUAUCAAGACUGGCAGUGCCAUCAGAGUAUGCUCCAGCAACUACAGGCCUCUACUGAAGGCAUUGGCAUUAACAGUUAAAAGGAAAGGUGAGAUGUUAAAAUCAAAGAUGUGAAAAAGCAUUACCUACUUGCUAUAGAAAUCAGCAUUAAAUGCAGGGAGAUUGAGAACAUACAAAUAUUAAGUCCAAUCCAAAAUUAGUCAUAGAGUGGAUCCAAUUAAACCAAUGGGAUUUGAGUUAGAAGUCCCACAGAUUGAGGUUUGGAACCUCAAUAAUUUUGAUAGACCUGCUUUAAACAUGACAAAGUAUAUAUUAAAAACAUGGUUUCUAUAUGUGAAAUUCAGGAAAUUUAAUAUGGGAUUCUGAACUCAAGUAUAACCGUUCUACAAUGUCAGGGUUUUUUUUCUGCCCAAUCCCAUGGACCUGAACAUGAUGUGGGUAGAAAGAUCACAUUCCCUUAAGAUGUAGGAACACAUCAUUCAGUUUUUUAUGAGAUGUUUGUAAAAAUAUAGCGGAGUGAUGGGUUUGAAAGCCAGAAAACAAAUGGGCAAAUAUGCAAAUAUCUUCUAUGUAAUCAGGAAAGAGAGAUUUUUAAUUUAUUUUUGAAACAGCAGCAGCCUUACAAAGUGUGCAAAAUGAACUGCUAUUUUAGCAGACAGGACAAUAAGCCGUGCUGUUUCUAGUGUAGAAAGAAACAUUUCCAGAAAUCAUUUAUUCCGCUUCAUUAAAAAUUUACCAUUACUUGAAGUAAUUGGGUUCUUCAUAAAAAAAAAAAAAACAAUAGCUAUGUCUUGAAAAGCACUCUUUUCAGUAACAUAUUUUUAUGAAGAAAACUUUUAGUUUUUAUAUAAAUCAAACACCUAAUUCAUAUCUGUCAUCUAAGACCCUGGAAAAAAUAGAUUGACUUUAUUUUAUUUUUUGCUGCUGCUGAUUAUAAUUGUCUCUCAUUUGUGGUGUUUCAUUCAUACUUAGCUAUCAUUCCAUUAUGAAAAAGAAAAGUAAUCUUUAAAACACACCAUUAAAUUAUACCCAGUAAUAUAACACCCAACAAUAAGAACUGUAUGUCGGUUUGCCAUAAAAUGUAUAUACAUCUGCACAUUUAAAGAUAUGUCAAAACAAUGUGACAUGUUAAAGUUGGAAAUUGUACUUAAUCACAAUUGGAAAACAGGAAAAAUAGAACCAAAACUGUGAUUAAAAUGCAAAAAUGUUUCAAGGUCCAACUCCAAAGUAGUGUAUACCACUGAAGGCAAAAUAAUCUAUUUUCAAAGUUAGUAAAAAAUAUCUUCAAAUUAAUUUAGAUUAACAUUUUAAGAGCAGUGUUUGUCACAUGACAACAUUUGGUGAGUCACCCCCGAAAUGUAUUCUGUUUACUAGACGUAAUGCACUGUUGACUGGGACUGAUACAAAGGCAUUGUAUAUAUAUAUAUUGAUAUUGAGAAAAGUGGUCUCUUAACAAUUUCAUCAUGAACUGGAUUCCUAUACUCUCCCCAACUGAAUGUUCACAAAAAUAUGAUGAGGCCGUGGGACUGCACAUGCUGUGCUUGCUAUCCAGUAGCCAAGCCCAUCCCUCACUGCUAACACAUUCAGUGCAUGCAUGAGAAGAAUCAACCAGGAAUUGAAAAGCUUUAUGUUUAUGCCAGAUGUGGGUGGAAUCCAUUCCCAUACAUGCUGUAUGUUUGGAUGAUGGUAGAGGACGGAUGCUAGAGACAUUGACAGCCAGGAUGGAAUCAGGCCAAACCAACCCAUAUCCUUUUUCGUAGAACCUUUGAACACAUCAAGGGAUAGUUGUCUGCAGUUUCCAACUGUGAGACAUGCCUAAAGAGCCAUGAAGAAGUGAAGGGAAUCAUUUGUACGUACAGGUUAGCUUCUUCCAAAUGAUGGCCAUUUUGUAUCUACUUCUGUAUAUCUCAGCUAAAAUUUCAUCACACUACAAAUGUAACCAUUGAAUGGACAUAGAUUCCACUACAAUAUCUUGAGAAUUGUAGCUAUAUAUGAGAAGGCUAAGGGUUGCUAAGAAUUCUCAAUGUCCUCAAAAAUUUCAAUUUUCAUUAUUCCUUCUAAAAAGCCAUUAGAGUUUAAACUCAACUAAACUCAGUAGGAUAAAGUUUAAGUCAAAUCUUUCAGGCAUUUUGCUUCUUUUAAAGCUAUCAUCCAGAAAAGUUGAGAAAACACGACAGAAUUAAACACAUAAUUAUUGAUGACCCCAGAAAUUCCACGUAGCAGAGAAAGGCUAACAACCCAUUUCAUUAAGAGAGAGAGAGGAAGGAAAAUGCUUCAUAGGAAGGAUUAGGUGGAGUUGUCCUUUCUGAUCUCUCUGGUCCCAGUUUAGUCAGUGGUAAAGCCUCCCCCCCCCCCCAGUGAGCCAUAGGAGGCCAGGGCUCAAAUACAUCAUAAUGGAUAUAGCCUCCCAUUUAGAAACAUGCAGUGGUCAGUGAUGGUAAAGCAAAACUAUGUCCAUACAUUGUACUUAUUCUGGAGGUCAUUUGCUGGAUCUUGUCAUUACUCAAAUGUCCCCUUUCUUGAUUUCCUGAAUAUUUUACUCUGAAUAUGGUAAGUUUCCCAUCAGUUAAAACCAUUGUGGCAUAGAUACAGCAAAUUGUUACUUUUAUAACAUUAUUUUUGAAGAAAUCGUUGUAAAUAUCUGUUCAGGUAAAUAUUCUUGAAAUUAGGGUGUGAAGGAUGUGUACUAGGCUUCACUGCUUUCUGUUAAUCUUGACACCUUGGAACUAGAGUUAACUCUAAACUUUAACCUUCCAAAGAUUCCUAUGAGUGAUUUUCCUCUUCUGCUCUCAAAAUCUGUUAAUGUGUUUUCUAAAUAACCUAAUGGCCUUGUCCUAUUUAGAAAGAGGUAUUUAAUUUAGAUGCAUCACUCAACUUGUGAAUGGUUCCAAUAAUGUUUGAUCCAAUAUAAAAAGUGCUGCACAUUUUAUAAUCAUUUUCCUUAUGAACACUAAGAUCACUGUUUCUCUGUACCACAAAAGGUGUAAAUCAAGUUUGUCUCCCAAUUUUUGUUUCCCAAGCAUAUUAAAUUUCAUUUGGUUGCA